GUCUCGGCUGAACCUUGCGAGAAGCUAGACGGAAUUUGCUUCAUGCGCUGGAUGAGCCUGAAUUUGACUCAUUGCCGUAUAUCGGCGAGUCUUCCUCGACUGACACUCUUGACCUCAACACAAUCGCUAUCGUCGUGAUCGCAUAAGGGUCGCCCACCAUGUGUGGCAUUUUCGCGUGCCAUUGCCAUCCCGAUGUCAAGUCCUUUAGACCGACUGCGAUCCGCAUGGGCAAGCAGGUAAAACAUCGCGGCCCAGACUGGAGCGGUAACCACGUUGCGAACAACACCAUCCUCGUGCAUGAGCGGCUAUCAAUCGUGGGCAUCGACACUGGCGCACAACCGUUCGUUAACGAUGAUGGGUCGAUUGCACUGGCUGUCAAUGGCGAGAUCUACAACCACAAGAUUCUGCGGAAGCAGUUGCGGCAUGCAUAUUCGUUCACCACACACUCGGAUUGCGAAGUCAUCAUCCCACUGUAUCAAGAGUAUGGCCUUGAUGCGCCCAAGCACUUGGACGGCAUGUUUUCAUGGGUCCUACAUGACAAGAAGCAAGAUCGAGUUAUCGCUGCGAGAGAUCCUAUUGGCAUCACGACCUUCUACAUUGGACGAUCGUCAAGCACACCUGGUGCUGUGUACUUCGCAAGCGAGCUGAAAUGCUUACAUCCCGUCUGCGAUCAGAUUGAGAGCUUCCCGCCCGGCCACGUCUACGACAGCAAGACAGAUCAACUGACGCAGUACUUUACACCGAAGUGGCUAGUCGAGCCUUCGAGUAUACCUACUACGCCGUUGGACUACACUCUACUGCGAGAGACCUUUGAGCGGUCGGUGAGGAAACGGUUGAUGGCUGAGGUGCCAUACGGUGUUCUGUUGUCUGGCGGGCUCGACAGUUCGCUCGUGGCGUCCAUAGCGCAAAGAGAGACGUUGCGGUUACAGCGGGAGUGGGCGAAGAAGCAAGCUAUGCUACAAUCAGGGACCAGCACGCCAGCGGUCAACGGCCAUGCUAACGGCACGCCUGUUGAUCACAGUAAUGGCGAGGUGUCAGAAGAAGGGCUUGCUGGCAUCGACGACGAGUACCGGCUCACCGAUGUUCCUGUUCUAUCGCAAUUGAACAGUUUCUCCAUCGGACUGCCAGGCGCACCAGAUUCAAUGGCCGCACAAGAAGUGGCUCGCUUCCUCGGUACGAAACACCACUCUUUCACCUUCACGAUCCAGGAAGGCCUCGACGCCCUCUACGAUGUUAUCUACCAUCUCGAAACUUACGACGUUACCACCAUCCGCGCGAGCACGCCCAUGUUCCUGCUCUCCCGGAAAAUCAAGGCCAUGGGCGUGAAGAUGGUGCUAUCUGGCGAAGGCUCGGACGAGAUCUUUGGCGGCUACCUCUACUUCCACGCAGCACCUGACAAGAAGGCCUUCCACGAAGAGACGGUGCGGCGGGUGAAGAACCUGCACCUUGCCGACUGUCUCCGCGCCAAUAAGUCGACCUCCGCGUGGGGCGUAGAAGCUCGUGUCCCGUUCUUGGACAAGCAGUUCCUCGAAGUCUCCAUGAACAUUGACCCGCAAGAAAAGAUGAUCACGAAAGACCGGAUAGAGAAAUACAUCCUCCGCAAGGCGUUUGACGUCUCAACGCUGCCGCCAGGCAGCAAGCCCUACUUGCCCGACAAGAUCCUCUGGCGGCAGAAAGAACAAUUCUCCGACGGUGUCGGUUACGGCUGGAUCGACGGACUCAAAGACGAGGCGAAGAAGAUGGUUAGCGAUGAGCAGAUGAAGGAGGAGAACAUCCGCAAAGAGAAGCCGCAGUGGGGCGAUGACAUUCCGGACUCGAAGGAGGCGUACUGGUAUCGGUGUAUGUUCGACGAGCAUUUCCCGCCGUACUGUGCGAAGACGGUCAUGCGCUGGACGCCGACGUGGAGCAAGCAGACGGAUCCGAGUGGUAGGGCUAUCGCCACGCACGAUGCCGCCUAUAAGGAGGGCGAUGCCAAGUAGACGGCGCGUUCGAAGGAACAUGCUUCUCCUGAGCGUUCUGUCAAGCUAUGGCUUGGACGCGUGCAUUUUGUCAUAACGGUUAGUCAAGUGUAGAUGAUACAACGAUUCGCAGACGCAGUCGGCUGGCGUGAAUGUCGAUCUAGUUCAUCGCUCUUUCUACUGUCUUGAAUCCACCUAGUGCGUGCAUACCCCGUUCGUUAGCUUACGCAAAACUUCAUCCUUGUAUAUGAUCGC